AUGGUGGAAAUCAUCGAGUUGGACAGCUCAAACGCAGUAGAUGGCAAUUCUGCUUCUACAGACGUCCUGGUGUUACUUGCCAAUAACGAAUUUCUGGCUUUAUUAAAUUUGCUGCGAGAUACCAUGUCUGAACUUGAUUCUCAGUUGGUAGGAGACAAAUUGGUCAGUUGGCUAGACAUAAAGCCCACGAAAUGGGAUUGGAUGUCGCCAGGAAUUCCCGAAAAAGAUGAGAAUCGACUACUCAGUUGUAUCCAAUUGGCCGUGUUCUUGUUUUCGAAGGUCUCCGGUGAUCUUCAGUACCUAUUGAUGAAAUCGAUAUCUUACUACAUGAACGAGCAUGUUCCAUGGAGCAACCGCAAGUGUGCCGUGGAAGCAUGCAAAAUCGAUAGUGCUCUGUGUAUUCAGUUUAUGCAGCGGUUUGUGGACGAGCUACGGCCCGAAUUGCUCAAGUCCACUACGUCCAAAGUGUCGUUGGCUGGAUAUGCGAAGCCAAAGAAAAUAUCUGCGCUCAGACCUACGCUUGGGCUUGGAGGAGGCGCUGCGGGAGACGAAAAGAAUCGUUCGGAGUGGAAAAAUUCCCAUGCGGUGAAGAGCUUGUCGUCUAUUUGCCUAUUGGUAAAAAUUGGCCAGAGUUGGCCCAAUUAUGACCAAUAUUGGCCUAUGGCUUCGACGUUCAUCAUGAAUGUCUUGGAUGAUUCAGAUCCAUUGUUCAGAGCCCAGGGUUGCUAUUUGUUAAAUGAUUUUAUUGGUUCCAAUGGUGCUCGAUUGUCCAAAACGGGCUUGGAUUUAGCCUUUGGAGAAUCUGUAGAGGUGUGUCUAACGUAUCUACCUCAACUCACGCCUGCUCCUGUUUCCUUGGUUGUGCUCAAAGCAGCCUAUCCUGUCCUUUUCGUGCUUCUUCAAUUGCGAGGAGCUUCAUAUCGACUGUACCUCGAUAUCUUAGAGAAGAAUAUCCUUGGUCUGAUAUCUCAUGUUCAAGGCAGGGAUAAUGACGCAGACACCAUGAUUGUUUUGACAUUCUUGGUAGAUCAACUAAGGUAUAUCAUUCUGGAACAUAUUGGGAGUGCCAUCUUGGUGAGUUUUCCGAGAACUAAUUUUGUCAUCAACCAGCUUCUCAUCAACCCGUAUUUGGUGGAACGUGAUAAUGGUCCUCAGUUAGUAGAUUCAGCACUAAGAGUUCAUACGGCAAUUCUCGGCCUUUUUACCCAGCUGGAUGACAGUGAUGCUCUCGACAUAGUUCUGCUGUACAAAUACGAUUUACUUGGUGCAUGGACAGUCUUAUGCAAAAGAGUGGUCAAGUACAAUGUGGGCACACCCUACACGGGAGAGUUGAUAGAGAAAAAUGUGACAGCGCUCAAAGCCAUAGCUGUGGGUUGUGGGCUCGGACAGGAAUUCCAUGAAGAUCUCGAUGCUAUAUGGACCAGGGCCCCAGAGACGAAAACCUAUGUGCAUUAA